UUGAUCUCCUCACCCCACUCCCCCUCCCCCUCCCCCUCCACCUCGUCUCGGAGUCUGAGACCGACCUGAGACACUGAGACAUAGAUAGGAGCUGUCAGUGUCAACCAUCUUCGAUCUGCCGCAUUCCCACAGCCCACCAUGGCGUCAUCCUCCACGACGCACCGCCUCCUCCGCGAACUGAAAGACUACACCAACUCCCCGAACGAGGCGCUGCUGCAUCUGGGACCUGUCGAUGAGGAUGAUCUGCUACACUGGGAGGCUGUGCUGAAGGGUGUGAAGGGGACGCCGUAUGAGGGCGGCCUCUGGUCCCUCUCCCUGCGCAUCCCACCCACCUACCCGCUCCUCCCGCCCAAAAUCACCUUCAAGACGCGCAUCAGCCACCCGAACAUCAGCUUCACGACGGGCGAGAUCUGCCUCACCCUGCUGACAACCGAACACUGGAGCCCCGUGUACACGCUCUCCAGCACGUUGACCGCCAUCCACCAGCUGCUGACGGAUCCGCGGCCCGAGAGUCCGCUGAACGUCGAUGUGGCGGCCUUGCUGAGGGACGGGGAUGUUGCCGGGUGGGAGAGUCUGGUGCGCUUUUGGACGGGGGAGGAGAGGUGGAAUCCUUCUUUAUCAUGAUUGGAUAUCUUCAGGGGGGUGGGGGUGGAUUUCUAGGCUCUAGAGAGAGAGAGAGAGAGAGAGUGUGUGUGUGUGUGUGUGUGUGUGUGUGUGUGUGGAGAGACGGAGGACGGGGACGUUGGUUGGUGAUUGGUGGUUGGUGAUUGGUGGUUUUGUUAUGCUUUGGUAGCGACUAUGACUUGACUUGACUAUGUAUGCUCUCUAUGACUAUUGCUGGUUUAUGCUUGCGGCGAUGGUUAUUAUGUGUUGUGCUGCGAUGCGAUGAAUACCCCCACAUAUACGCGCCAAUUAUACUUGAUCUUUA